UUCAGAGGCAGAUAAGCACGCACGCAAGGUCGACGAUGAGCUGCUCGGAUGUCAAUGCCGCGGGCGCCCAACUCGCCGGAGAGGACUCCAAGACGUCGUGGCCAGAGUUGGUUGGGAAGACCAUCAAGGAGGCUAGGGAGAUCAUCCUCAAGGACAAGCCCGACGCCAACAUCGUCGUCCUCCCCGCAGGCUCGGCGGUGACUCUGGACUACAGGACUGACCGUGUCCGCAUCUUCGUCGACACCGUCGCCGACGCUCCGCACAUCGGCUAG